UCCAUAUUGUACAGAGACCGAAACAUAGGUUAUUAGCUUUAUGCAUGUGUUGCCUAAAAAGUAAGUCGAAAUUCUGAAGAGACUAACAUGAAACGAGAAUGAAAUGGACUUAAUUUACACGGAUAUGAUCAUGUAGGCUAGAGUGUUUCUGGCUUUCAUAAAUCGUGUUAAUGCACGCACGACAGCUGACUUGCACAACAUUUGGCCAGAGACCGGGAUUUGCUCACUGUAUCGGUGUGGACCUGAGAAGAAGAAGCCUAAGGCACGGACCCGGUUGUCCUGAGCUCAGUGGAGACAGUGGAUUGGGCCAGGGUGUUGGAUUGACAGUGGUACCUGAGUCAGCCAUGAGGCGGAAGCUGGACAUGUCGGGACUGACGGACGAUGAGGCAGAGCACGUUCUACAAGUGGUGCAGAGGGACAUGAGGCUCCGGAAGAAAGAGGACGAGCGCCUCAGUGAGCUGAAGCAGGAGCUGGAUGAGGAGGACAGUCGCUGCUCCCUGCUCUCCCGACAGCAUCGCUUCAACGAGCGUUGCUGCAUCCGCUGCUGCUCUCCCUUCACCUUCCUGGUCAACCCCAAGCGCCCAUGUCUGGACUGCCAGUACAACGUCUGCAAGACCUGCCGCUCGUACAGCAAGAAGGACAAAGCCUGGGUCUGCUCGGCGUGUCAGAAGGGCAGGCUUCUGAAGACCCAGUCCCUGGAGUGGUACUACAACAAUGUGAAGUGUCGCUUCAAGAGGUUUGGUAGCGCCAAGGUGCUGAAGACACUAUACAGGAAACACCUGGCAGAGCAUGGGACGCUGGGAGAACUCACAGAGGGUAGCACGUAUGAGGAGAGCAUCGGCAAUGAGGGCAGCAUCUGUAGUGAAAACGCCUUCUACAGACAGAGUGAAGAGCACAGCAUGGCAGAGACCCUCACGGUGGCACUGAGGGUGGCAGAGGAGGCCAUCGACGAGGCCAUCGCCAAGGCAGAGGGACACACCGACAGUCCGGACAAGCAAAGCGAGGCGAGGUAUCUGCGAGACCACAGGGAAGAGCUGAUUGAGGAACUGACCACAACCAUUGUGCAGAAAAUCAUCCGGCGGAGGAAGAACCUGGCUGAGAUGAAGCCAGACUAUGACCUGGACUGGCCCCCCGACAACCAGAGUGGUGAUCAGCCCUUGGUUUCAAGCUCCCCCAGCUCCCAGCCCCAGAUCUCCUGCACCACUUCAGCCCGCGCCAAGGCCUCUAUAUGGCGGUCUCACUCUGCCUUCUCCCUGCUGGAUGACAACGUUGUGAUGCAGUGCUCUGGAGUUUCCCAGGACUCUCAGCAGGGGCUGAAGAAGGAGGGAGGAGUGGCAGGGUUGGCCAACUGGAAGAGUGUUGACCGCCUGGACAACUCCAGUGCGUCCUCAGUGCUGAAGAGCCCAGAUGGGAACUGGAUGGCCCUGCAGAGCACCCAGCUGUCUCGGCCCAGCCUGCUGACCAAGAGGAAGUCGCUGGUAUUCAGUGUACUGGAGAGGGAGUCCGGUGUGAUCUCCGCCUACGAUGAGAUGGGCUCAGAUGACGCCGAGGGGGGAGAGGGGGCCUGGGGCGCCGCCCUGCUGGAGAUACGCAGAAAAAUGACCAACAACAACCAGGGGUCAGAGGCACCAGACGCCCAGGCCUCUUCUGACCAGCAGCACAGCCUCCCCUCACCCUUGCUGGGCUACCACGCCAGCACGGACACCCUCAACUCUGAGUCUGAGGUAGGAGAAGAUCAGAUUCAAGGUCAAGGGCCGAAGCCCCAGAAGCCUCUGCUCGCCGUCCUGAAGAGAAAGGUGCCUGUGGAGCACCGGUGCACCCCCUCGUCACGUCGGUCAUCCCGGCCGGGCAUCUUCGACGUGAACUUUAACCCUGAGGGGAUAGAGGCUGAGAGCAGCGGGGCUGAUGAGCUGGAGGAGGGGGGCAAAGUCAGGAGGACACGAAGGAGGAAGAGGACUAAGAAGGAUCAAGGGGAGGGAAGAGGAGAGGAGUAUAGCAACAUGCUGCUGGAUGACCUGUCCAAGAAACUAAGCGUGAAAAAGACCAGCCAGUCUGGCGCAGUCACCCCAGACACUCUGACUUUGGACGGUGGCUUGACCUCCAGGGCGCUGACCCCUGAACCAUGGGGUCCUGAGGGGGAGGCCCCCGGCUGUGGGGCCCCUGAGGGCCAGGGAGGAAGGACCACGGGAGUGACCAUCAAUCUUGAGCAGGAACUGACCAUCAGACUGAGGGAGCUGGCCAGCCAAGUCAGCCUCGCACACCUCUCAUCAACUGAGGACGAACUGGACAGACCGGGAGAGGACGAGGGAGGAAGGGAGGGAAGGAGAGAAGGAAACCAGGCGGAGGAGAGGUUAUGGCAUAUAGAAGUCGAGAUGGAAGGAGGGAGAGCGGGAGAGGGUGAGGAGGAGAAGAGGACAAAAGAAAGGGAGGGAGAUGGAGGAGGAGAGCUGAAGUCGACACUAAUCAAGCUAGCUAGUCAGGUCAGAGGCACAGAAUUCUCAUCCACUGAAGAUGAGUUGGACAGAGUGGGUAGGGUUGAGGAAUGGGAGAGAGAGUGGGAGGAGAAGAGCGCAAAAAAGAGGGAGAGAGAAGGAAGAGAGGAGCUCACCGUCAAGUUGCGUAUGCUGGCUAGCCAAGUCACACAUUUCUCAUCAACAGAGGAAGAGCUUGACCGAGUGGGCGUCAGUGAUGGAGAGAUGGAGGAGAAGAGAGAAGGAGAGAGGGAGGGAGAGAAGGAAGAGCUGGCAUACAAACUGUGCAGACUGGCUAGACAGGUCAAUGCCGCGCAGUUAUCAUCAACCGAGGACGAGCUGGAUAAAGUGGGUCUCUAUGAUGAAGAGAUGGAGAAAGGGAGAGUGGAGAGAGAAGGAGAGAGGGAGGAGAUAGACGCGGAGGCACUGUGGGAGAUGGAGGGAGAUAAAGAGGAACUGACCUCCAAGUUGAGAGAUCUGGCCAGUCUCGUUAGCGCCUCCCAGUUCUCCUCUACGGAAGACGAACUAGAUAGAGUGGGAAAGAACGAGGGAGAGAGGGAAGAGGAGGAGGAGGAGGAGGAGGAGGAGGAGAGAGCAGAGGGGAGCAAAGUAGACAGACUGAAGUCGUCCAAUAGAGUGGCAGACUGGGUCGGAGAGAGACGAGGAUCGAUGGAGGGAAAGUGGCAUGGAGAGAGAUGGGGAGAGAUGGAGGGAGAGAGGAGGAGGGGACAGGUGGAGAGGGUGAGCGAGAAGCCCUGGUACCUGGGGGUGAUGAUGGAGGUGGAAGGGAGGAUGAGGAACGAGGAGAGGAGAGAUAGCGUCGGUGAACUAGACGUCAGACUCUUUGACUUUGAGGAUGAAAGUGAGAAAGAGGGAGAGCUGCAAAGCGAAGAGACGGACACAAAGGUAGAGGAAGAGGGAGUCAUGAAGGUACAGAGGAUGAUGGAGAGGAUGUUUGAAGGAGUGAAGGAAGGAAAGAGGGCAGGGGAAGCAGAGAGAAAGGUGGAAGGAGGAAUGGGAGAGGCAGAAGUGGGAGAAAGAGAGCGAGAAAGAACAGAAAGUGGGGACACUGUGGAGGAAGAGGUGAUGUUUGACGACAUAAUCAGCAGCCUAGUGAACACACUGGGUGGGAUGGAGGUAGAGAUGGAUGGAGAGAUGGUGGCGGACCCAGAAAGAGAAGAGAGAGAAGAGGAUAAGAACAAAACAAAAGUUAGAGAAACUGAGUUUAAGGAAGAAGAAGAGGUAGAUGAAUAUCUAAUUAAUGAGAUGCUAAUGUUAGAACAGCUUUCAGACAGGUUUGGCACUUUAGAUAAGACUGGAGUCAAACCUCAAGAGAAGGUUGGAGGGAAGAAAAGACUAAGAGACUCUUGGGAUAAGACAGUAGAGAGUGUCGUGGAGCGAGGUGGAAAGAAGGUUGGAGAGAAAGAUGAGCAGACUGAAACAGAGACCCAUAAAAGUCUCCUACCACAGAAUUUAGAUGAGAGAAAGGAACAAGUAUCAGACCAGACAAAGAAAGAGACAUCCCGAGACCUGGAAGAAGAGAGCAAGAGAGUAGAAAGAGGGGGAGAUGAAGGUGGGGAGGUGGAGGAGCAAACGAGUGAGAAGGAGAUGGAUGAUUUUGGGGAAAGAGAAGGGGAGAAUUUUGGGAAGAAUACAGACGAGAAAGAGAAAGAAACUGAGGGCAACCGAACUAAGGACCCAGAAGAGAGCUCCCCCUGUGUUCAGGAGGAGAUACUGUCUUCAGAGGAGAUCCAGAACAGGUACUCGGCGAUGUCACUGCGCAGUAUCACCACUGAGGUGCUGAAGGUGUUGAAUGCGACAGAGGACCUACUCCAGGGGGUGGAGGAGGGUGACUACGCUUGUUCUCCUCCCUACACCCCCUCACUGCCCCUCAACACUGACACCAAGAGGCUGGACGAACAGCUCAGCAGACUGGAGGAGAACGUGUAUGUGGCGGCGGGCACAGCGUACGGCCUGGAGGCGGAGCUGGAUGACCUGGAGGAGUGUGCCCGGGCCAUCGGCGAUGCCACCUCUGACCUGGAGCUGUCCUACCUGGAAGAGCAGGUGGCAUCGGCUGCUGCCCAGAUCCAUCAGUCUGACCUCCAGACGCAGACUUUUGCUUUGGAAAAAAGGAGAAAGCGGGGGAUUUUACCUCGGGUUUUACCUCGGGUGUCGGACAUUGCAGCCAGGAUCACAGCUCUGAAGAACGCAGGUCUCAACGUGGUCCCACAGAACCGUUUCACUAAGCCCAAGAAACAGCCUAAGAUAAAGAAACCUAAGCCGGACUGAUCAGGCAUGUUGACCCGUCAUGACCCCUAGCUUCCCCCCACACCAGUGCCUUGAGCCCCUUGUCCAUUCAGGACGGUGCCAUCCGUGUCCAGUCAGAGGGGUGCUACCUGCCUUUAACCAACCAUCAGGACAAUGCAGAGUACAGACUGACAGUAUUACCAGUACCUUUGGCACUGUGGACAAAGAUGAGAGUUAUAGAUGUUAAUAAUGAGAUGAAAAUAGUACAUACUUUAUGUAAAAAAUAAAAAUGGAUGAAGUUAAAAACAAA